AGUCUCCAAUUUACCACCACCACCACCACCACCCCUCCUCUUCCUCCACUUCUACCGCCGCGUUUAUCCCCAAGUCCUAGAGGGGAGGCCGGCCGCCGCGCGGAGAGCCCCGCCGUUGGCGACAUCGGGGCAAGAGGGCGCUGAAGCGGCGACUCCGGGCCCCCCUCCACCCCUGCCCAUGGCGCGGAUCCAGCCCGUGUUGGAUGAACGAAUGGAGCCCUUUUUUGGUAGAUUGACUACACCAGCCACUGCUGGCCCAUCACGAUGUACUGCUCAGAGUGGCCUGUCCUUGUUCAAUGUGCCUUUUUGUGACACAAGGACUUCUCCAGGAGAGCUUAACGAUGGCUCUAUCAAGUUCAAGGAUACAACAGUGCCAUCACCAUGGUUAUUGUCCUACAAUUGCAGCUGUGACCAAUCAAACAACUUUGAAGCAUUUGCAACUGUAGUGUCAAGAUUGCAUCAACACCUUCUCGAUGCAAACGUGGAAAUUAGUUACACAGAAUACUUAGAUUUGAUGAAAGCGGAAGUUGAUCAGCGGCUUAAUAAGCUCAAUGAGGACAUAAGGGUCUUCAAAAGCUAUAACUUGGCCCAUGUUAGUGAUGCAAAUUGUUCAUGCUCUGUGGUAUGUCAUGAUAGGAAGCUGAUUGAUAUAGAUGAGGGGUUCAACAGCUUGAAGUUACUGCUGGUUGCGGUGUUUCGACAAAUCAGUGAGAUGCUCAGAUUGGUUAAUGCUUCAAUUCAUGAUCUUCAAUGGGAGCAUGAGUUGCAAUUAGAGGUUACCGGCAUCAUUAUUGGAGACUGCAUUAGAGGUCUUCAGGAUGAGCUGGAGAGGAAGUUGUAUGUGCAAAGCUCCAUAGUGAACAGUCUAAGAAAGAACUGGCAGGAAACUGUGGCUCAGUGUGCUUCCAUCCGCGAAGAGCUGAUUGCUAUUUCUGAUAUGCUAUUAUCUUCAGAAGAGGAAUCACAUAUUUCCCAUUGUAAACAUGAAAGCUUAGGUAACAGGAGUGACAGAUGGAAAUUCAGUUUUUUUGGAAAGAGAACAUGUGAGGAUCACUCUCCAUCUUCUGUCGAGGAAAACAGGAAUUCUGCAACACAGAAAUCUAUAAGUCCCAGUGAAGUUAUUUCAGAAAAAUCUGACUUUAAACAUCUGAAGGGUAUGACCAGGCAAGAAAUGCUUAACUAUUUCAGAUCUGAGAUUAGUAAGUUAAAAAGGCUGCAUGAAUUGGAUAUGCAAGAGAGAACAGAAGAGCUGUUCAAAUUCAAACGAGAGAAAUGGUCAUUGGCUCUUAAGUAUGAUGUAGAAUUCGAGCCUUUAAGGAAGAAAUUUCCUGAGGUCAUUUCAAGAUUUGACCUAAUCAUGUCCAAUGAAAUGGUGGCACCUACAAUCUGCAGUACUAGUGAUGCACUUGAUGAAAUAAGCAGAUUGAAUAGUAGAAUUGAUUCAUUGUACUAUGAAAACCAGCAUCUUCGGGGUUUGCUUGCAGAGAAGACAAAGGAUGUUCAAGAAUUAUCGCGCCAGGUAUCUGAUGCCAGCAAGAAAAUGUCAUUUCAGUAUUCACUAGAAAAACAACUUUUGAGGCAAGUCAGCAACAUUAAAGGAGAGUAUGAGGAUCUCUAUGUCGAAAGCACUAUCAGAGAUGAAAUAUGCCAAAUUGUUACAAGAAAAUUGGUUGAUAAUUGUAGGAACAUCUUGGAGGAUACUGCACGGAAUUUUCAUGCAAAAGUGUCCUUAUUUGAAGCUACACUCUCAGAGAAGGACAAGGUGUUGUGUUUAGCUAAUGAAGAAAAUCAGAAGUUGAAGGAGAAGUUGUCAACACUAGAAAAGGAUCAUUUCAUCCAAAAUUAUAUGCAAGGUCCAGAGUUAAUCAAGCAAGAGAGCGAGGAAAUGGUACUCCGUGAUAUCGAGAUGGAGUAUCAUGUGUCACCACGAAGAUCAUAUGAUAUUUCUGACCAGGACUUGCAGUACGAGGAGCUCAUCAGACUGAAUCAGACUUUAGAGAUCGCUUCAACCACCAUAAAAGAAGUUGAAACGAAAAAAUUGGAUUACAGUGAUAUCUUGGGUAAAAGAGAGCAAGAAAAGCAGCUAGAUUGCAUUCUGGUAUCUAUCAUGGAUUUGUCAAAAGAAUUUGUGGAGAUUGAACAUAAAAUGUCAGAAGAUAUAGAAGGCAAUGAGAAAAAGACAGAAAAUCUGAACGAUAGAUGCAACCAUAUGGUACAACAGGCCAUUGUACUGACAAAGAAGGGCCUAUGGCACAAGCAAAUGCUUGACACAAGACGUUCUGAGCUCCAAAAAGCUGAAUCUGAGGUUGACAUUUUGGGAAACAAGGUUAAUGCACUCUUAAGUCUUGUGCAGAAGAUAUAUGUAACUCUUGAGCAUUACUCUCCUGUUUUUCAGAAUCAUCCUGUGUUACUGGAUGCUUUCUUGAAGACAUGCAGGCUUGUUGCAGGUAUAAGAAGUAGACAAAAAGAGGAAUUACAAGAUACAACAUAAGUUGGAACAGCUAGAAAAUUUAGGUCCUCAAUUCAGUUGAGAGUGGCUUAAGAGGCGCUAGAGAGGUAUGAUGUCAUGGUGGAAAACAACAUACCGUUACAAGAAUCUGAAAACAAUCCAUGGACAAAUUGACUCUGCAAAUCUGCAGUCAUUUUGAAGUCGAGGUGGUCCAUCAGACUGAAUUUUGAAAACUAGGGUAUGAAUGUCAAGGCAAUUGCACUGCAAUAGAUUUCUAAGUUGUAGUAAUGCAAUUGUCUAAACAUCAUUUGGUAAUGGAUGCAGUUGCGCUCUCUGUGGCUGCGCACUUCACAGAUGAUUGGGUAGAUUUGGUGUAUAUAGAAGUGAAUAUGCCUUCUAGUGUUCAAAUUAUGAUAUGCUUAGUUCAUAAUCUGCAAGGGUGGUAGCAUUUUGUCAGCAGCCUGUAUAGAAAUGAUGUCGCUCUUAUACAAGCCAUAGUCAUAUUGUAAGCAUUAACUACGUCUAGGUACCUUUACUAGAUUUUAGUUCUUUUAUGUCCUUACAAAAUUUUGCAGUCUUGGUUUGUAUUAAUGGUCUUAUGAUCCUGUACAGAAUAUAAGAUGUACUACAUUUGUUCAUAUUUUGAAGAAGCAAACGUUUCCAGGGCUAUCAAAAAAAAAUUGGAAGCGAAAGGGCUAUCAAUUUUGGAUGUAA